AACCUGAGGGCUAUAUACUUCCCAUUCGAUGCUCCUUUUCAACUCCCAUCUUUGUGUUCUGUUAAUCUUCCGCAGACAUGCUUGGCUUGGCUUUUGCUGUUGUUUUCCUUUUAACUGCAUUUGUAGUGUUAUCUUCAUGUGGUCAUUCACCACUUGGCUGCAAUGAAGAAGAAAGGCAUGCUCUUCAAUGGAUCAAAGGAAGCUUCAAAGAUCCAUCAUCGAGGCUUUCCUCUUGGGAAGAAGAGGAUUGUUGUCAAUGGAAAGGUGUAGUUUGCAGCAAUAUUACAGGACAUGUUGUCAAGCUGGACCUCAGGAAUCCUUGCUUCCCACGGAGGAACCAAGGAGGUCAACCAAACUGUGACUUGAACAAAUAUGUUCUUGAAGCUAAUCAUGUUCAUCCUUCUAUAUCGCAGCUUAAAUAUCUCACUUAUUUAGAUUUGAGUGGAAACAAAUUUAAUAGUUCAAUACCAAUGUUCAUCCAAACUAUGGAGCAUCUGCAAUUCCUUUCUCUCUCUGAUUGUCAUUUUAGUGGGAGGAUCCCUUACAAUCUUGGGAACCUCACAAAAUUGCUCCUUCUUGAUUUCAGCUUCAAUCCUCUUCUAUAUGCUGAUGACUUUUAUUGGAUUUCUCAACUUCCAUCACUCCAAUACCUUUACAUGCGUGAUGUGCAUCUUGGUAAGACACGAAAUUUGUUGCAGGCACUCAGCAUGCUUCCUUCUUUGAUAGAAAUAGAAUUGAGGAAUUGUGGACUAAACAAGUUACACACUUAUCAACUUGUUAGAGCCACAAACCUUUCCCGAGUGGAGGUUCUGGAUCUAGCAGAAAAUGAACUUCAAGCUCCAAUUCUGAAUGCUUUUCAAAACAUGUCUUCCAUUGCAGAGAUUGACUUUUCUUUCAACAACCUGAGUUCCACUCCAUUCUGGUUGGGAACCUGUAGUAAUCUGGUCUAUCUAUCUGUUGAAAAUAAUGCUCUUUAUGGCUCACUUCCAUCUACUUUACAGAAUCUGACUUCCUUGAUUUACCUCGACCUUUCAGAAAACAAUUUUGAUUCUGUUCCAUCCUGGUUAGGUGAGUUAAAGGGUCUUCAAUCCUUGUAUCUUUCAGGCAAUGAUUUAAAACAUAUUGAAGGAUCUCUAGCAUCUUUUCUGGGAAACUGUUGUCAUCUUCAUUCAUUAGAUAUGUCAAGUAACAAUCUUAAAGGAGAUGCACUUGGAGUCUACAUACGGUCUGGAUGCAUUAGGUAUGAUUUAAUGCAAUUGGAUUUGAGUCACAAUGAAUUUAAUGAUAGUUUGCCACCAUGGUUGGGACAACUUGAAAAUCUAUCUGACUUGUAUAUUCAUGACAGUAAUUUGGUUGGGACCCUUCCUUGUGAUAUGAUAUCAAAACUUAUCAAUCUGAAGAAGUUGUUACUUUCCAAUAACAACUUUAACGGGUGUCUUCCUAACUGUAUUGGCCAACUUCUCAAUUUAACCACCUUACUUCUUUCUUCUAAUCAUUUUCAUGGUGUCAUUCCUAGGAGUCUAGAGCAACUUGUAAGCCUAAAAUCUCUAGAUCUUUCAGGAAACUCUUUAAACGGUACAAUUCCCCAAAAUAUUGGUCAACUUAAAAAUUUGAUCACCCUCUAUCUUUCUAAUAAUAAUUUACAUGGAAACAUACCUUAUAGUCUUGGUCAACUUCUAAACCUGCAAAACUUUGACAUGUCCCUAAAUCAUUUGGAGAGUUCGGUGUCUGACAUAAGAUGGCCUAAGCAACUUGUUUACCUGAACCUCACCAAUAACAAUAUCACUGGGUCACUUCCACAAGAUAUUGCUGAUAGGUUGCCCAAUGUUAGUUACUUGCUUUUUGGAAACAACCUUAUAAAUGGUUCCAUUCCAAAAUCAUUGUGCAAAAUAGACUCCUUGUACAAUCUUGGCCUUUCAAGCAACUUGUUAUCUGGUGACAUUCCUGAUUGUUGGAGUGCUACUCAAGGUCUCAAUGUGUUAAAUUUGGCAUCCAACAAAUUAUCAGGUGUUAUUCCAAGCUCUCUCGGUAACCUACCCACGUUGGCAUGGUUUCAUUUGAACAAUAACAGUCUUCAGGGUGGGAUUCCAUCAUCUUUGAGAAAUUUAAAGCAACUUUUAAUUCUGGAUCUAGGAGAGAACCAUCUGUCUGGGAUUAUACCUUUAUGGAUGGGGAACAUUUUCUCCUCAAUGCAGAUUCUAAGGCUACGGCAAAACAUGUUGAUUGGAAAAAUUCCUUCACAACUAUGCCAACUUUCUGCAUUGCAAAUCUUGGACCUUUCAAACAACAACCUGAUGGGAUCAAUACCUCACUGCAUUGGAAAUCUCACAGCAAUGAUUUCAGGAAAGAAAUCUUCUGUCAUCCAACCUAGUGAAGGGCGUAGAGAUGUUGAAUGGUAUGAACAAGAUGUCAGACAAGUCAUUAAAGGAAAGGAACUUGACUAUACCAGAAAUCUAAAACUGGUAGCCAACAUGGACUUGUCAAAUAACAAUUUGAGUGGUACUAUUCCUGAAGGAAUAGCAUUGCUUUCUGCAUUGCAAGGCCUAAAUCUAUCACACAAUCAUCUGUCAGGACAUAUCCCUAAAAGGAUAGGGGACAUGAAAUCUCUAGAAUCUCUUGACCUCUCUCAUGACCAACUUUCAGGCACAAUUUCAGACAGCAUAUCAAGUUUAACUUAUUUAAGCCACUUGAAUUUGUCCUACAACAAUCUUUCAGGACCCAUUCCAAGAGGAACUCAAUUGUCAACCCUUGAUGAUCCUUUUAUUUAUACGGGCAACCAAUUUCUCUGUGGGCCUCCACUGCCAAAUGAGUGUUCUCCUGAUGAUUCCCAACAUGACAAUGUAGAUGAAGAUGAAGAUGGCAAAAAGGAUAAAGUAGAGAAAUUGUGGUUUUACUUUGUCAUUGCACUUGGCUAUGCUCUUGGAUUUUGGGCUGUGAUUGGAAGCUUGUUGAUUAAGACAAGUUGGAGGCGUUCUUACUUUCAAUACAUUGACGACUCAACUCAAAGGAUAAAUGUAUCAUGGGCAAUACAUUUAUCAAAUUUCAAGGCAAGAUUUACAGGAAGCCCUGUUGCUGAGUGACACAUUAUUGGAGUCUUUAUGCCUUCUGUUUUUGUUUAAUGCAUUUAUAGGAUUUCAUGUUUAUUUUGCUUGAUAAGUGAUUAUUUCACAUUUGUAUAAGGGUAGUAAUGCUACUUGCUACUUGUAGAAUUUCCGUUGUCAUGCUCAUGUCAUGCCUAGAGGGUAGUGCUAUUUUCUUCUAGUUUAUUAAAUUAAUAAUGUUGCAAGCUUAGCUUUUCUCUAUUCACCAAUAAUCUGAUUAUUGCUUUAUUA